AUGGCCUCUUUCAAUCUACAAUCUUCCACCCGCGCCUUCGAAAUACCCAACCGUACACUAGGCCGGCGACCGCGUCAAUUUCGACAGGAUGAUGAGUCUGAGGAGGAAGAAAGUGUCCCAGCUCAUGAGGAGGUGACGGGCUUUGACAGUCAGACUGGCAAUGCUAUUACCGCGAACAGCCAUGACUCCAAAAGCAAGCGCGAACUGGUCAUACCAGUGACAAGCACAAAUGACUGGCGCAAUCGCCCUGGGGUUAAUAUCCGAAGACCGAGAGGGAAGAAUCUAUUACCGAAAGAGGUACAAGCGCUACGGGAGGCAGAGAAGAGUGGGAAACCCAUCGAAGGCGACGAGACAUGCGGCCCUAGCAUGUCGUAUGGACUCAGUUAUGCUUCAAAGCCCGCAACGCAGGACACAGCCGAAAAUAAUGGAGACCAGCAUGUGAAAGAAGCGGAACCGCUUUUGCCUGCUCCAGGCGAAGGGCAGAAGGUGCUUACGGAGGAUGAAAUUGCAUUACAGGCUCUUGUCAGGGAAAGUCGAGGAGACGCAGAACACAGAACAGACCUUGUGAUCGAAUCCGCAAAGCCACCCGUUAACAGAGAGAGAGAUGACUAUGUGGCGCACUAUGACGAGACGAGCUCAUUUCGUGCCGACAUCGCCUCACGUCCUGACCCUGCGACCCUGGACGCCUACAAUGAGAUACCAGUUGAGGAGUUUGGCGCGGCCCUGCUGCGGGGGAUGGGCUGGAAGGAAGGCCAAGCGGUUGGGAGGGGUAGAUACAACUCAUCCGCGCCGAGCGAUAGAGCGAAUCAACCUCGCAUUCCUGAGCGUCGAUCUGGCUUUCUCGGGAUAGGUGCGAAGGAACUCUCUGGGAGCAAGGGGGCAGAGGCAGAAAUCGGUGCCUGGGGAAAGGCAGCGAUGCGCAAGUCGUCUAGGAAGAGCGGGAAAGACGGGGAGAAGUCUACAGGAGUCUACAUGCCAGUUCUUAUGCGAAACAAACGGACGGGAGAAUAUAUCACGGAAGAAGAACUCGCGGAGCUUCAGAAAGAAGCUAAGAUGAAGAAGAAGGAUGAGGAUGAUUGGAGGGAAAGACGGGAUCGGAAUCUGGAGAAGAGCGGACGCGAUAGAGACAGGGAUCGUGACCGUGAGUAUCGGAGACGCGACUAUGAGAAUGGCCGUGACGAUAGUGAUCGCCAUGGGAGACGAAGACACGGAUCUUCACGACGAGAUCGAAGUAUCUCCUCGAGCAGCUGGGAUUCGAGACGCAGAAGAUAUGAUGAUGGCGAGGCAGACGGGAGAGGUGAUCGAUAUUACCGUGACCGCGACCGCGAUAAGGAUAGGGAUAGGGAUAGGGAAAGGAGUCAUAGACACAGGGACGAAGACUACCACAGCUCAAGGCAUUCGUCCUCGCGGUAUGACCGUCAUCGGGAUAGUGAUCGUGAUCGUAUUUCUCGUCGGAGAGAUGAUUAUAGGUGA